AUGUACAUGCGUGCCCGUGUCCUGCUUCUUCUGCUCGCCGUGGCGCACUGCCACCAGCUCACGCCCUCGGUGCGGCCGUUUGGCCGUGUGGCGCCGGUGCGCGUGCGGCUGUCUCCGCUCGCGAUCGCCUCCGACGCCGAGUCGACCGCGUUCGAGGCGCGGCGGGAGGCGGCCGUCGCGUCGGGCUUGGACGAGGACGCCACCUCCCUCGGCAGCGUUGUCCGGCGCGAGGGCGAGCUCGUCGUGCUCGAGCCUCCGGUCGGCUGCGAGCCGGCCGACGGGUCGCUAGUCGCGUUUGCAGACGGCGGCGUGGGUGCCGUGCUCUUCUGCCGCGUCGGCCUCGCCUUCGCGACGCAGCUCAGUGGGCCGGCCGCCGUGCUCGGCGAGGCGGCUUCGCGCGGUGCCGGCAACCUCACGCUCCCCCUCCCCGCGCCGGACGAGGCCUGGGCCGGCGAGAUGUCUGUGCGCAGCCUGCUCGCAACCGCUGGCCGCGGCGGCGGCGGCGGCGCGGUCUUCGAGGAGCGGGUGCCGCAGGCGAGGCGGGUGCCGAUCGGGAAGCCGCUCCACACCGGUGUCACGGCGGUAGAUGCGCUGGCGCCGAUCGGCCGCGGCCAGUCGAUGCUGCUGCUCGCUCCAGAGACGCUGCCCUCCGCCUCUGGCUCCGCCGCACUCGCCUCGCGCAUGCUGAGCGGGGCGGCGCAGUUUGCGCCCGAGGUGAAGCGUGUCGUCGUCACCACCGCUGAGGGCGCCGAGGCCGCUCGGAGAAGCGAGUGGGGCGACGGCUCGUGCCGCUGGUUGCAGAGGGCGACGCGGCCCGAAGCCUUCCAGAGCGAUGCGGAGCUCGUCGUCGCCGCGCAGGCGGCGUGCUCGAUGGCGCAGCGCGCGGGCGGAGACGCGUUGGUCGUUGUCGACGAUUUGGCGCCGCUGUUGCGGCUGUGGCGGGCGGCGGAGGGGUCGAUGCUGCGAGGCUUCUACUCUUGCCUCACCGAGCGGGCGCACCGCCGCCUCGGGGGCGAGUCGGUGACUCUGCUGCUGCUGCAGCCGUCGCCUUCUGUCCGCGCGUCGGGCGCGGCCGCGCCGGAGACGCUUUCAACCCUCUCCGAGCCUCCUCUGAUCCUUCCCGGAACUGUCGCUCAAGGCGCGGCCGCGUCGGACGCCUUUGCGCUCGGCGAUUUCGAGGCGGCCGGCUUCUCGCAGCGCGCGCUCGGACGGCUCCGCGCCCUCGAGGCCAAGGGCAUCGCCCUCACGCCCCCCGUCCUCGAGAAGCUCGGCAGCACCCUUAGGGCUCGGGCCGCAGCCCACCCGCGCGCAGGGCGCAUCCCCGCGCCGGGCUCGGGCCACCCGCGCGCAGACGGCGGCCGGGCGGCCGGCGCGCACGUCGAGGAGCUCACAUCGCUCGUCGACGGCCACAUCGAGCUCUCCGAGCCGCUCGCCGCCGCCGGCCGCUCGCCGCCGAUCGACCCCACGCAGUCGCUCACGCGGAUCGGCGUCGGGUCGACGAAAUUGCGGCCAACGGCGCGCUGGGCGGCGGCGAGCUCUGCGGCCAUGCGCGCCGUGACGCGCGCGCUCCGGUUGGAGCUCGCCUCGGCGGCCGACCCGGUGGCGUGCGAGCCCGCGCAGCGCAUCCGCGCGGACGCGUGCAUCUCCGUGCUGCAGCAGCCCGACACCACUCCCGUCAGCUUGGGGGAGCAGGCGCCGUCUCAUCGGGGUGCUUGCGUUCUGUGCGUCCGCGUGUGUGUCGCACUGCUCUCCGCCGCCACGGACGGGCUCCUCGACGAGGCGGUGCACACGCGCGACGCCGCGGCGACCGACCAGCUGCUUCGUGACCUCCUCGCCGCCGUCUCCGCCGCGGCGCCAGAGCUGCUCCCCAAGGUGAGCCGCUCGGGCGAGCUCACCGAGGCGCAGGCGGCCGAGUUGCGUGGGCACACCCGCGAGUUCCUCGCUCGGGAGGAGGGACAGACGGGCUGA